UCCAUCACUAAUAACACAAAAUAUUAAUUGUGUAUGAUGAUCGGGCCGAGUUCGGGUGACCCGAACUAUGGCCCGAAGCCGACCCAAAAUAAUGACCGGAUCUAUUUUGAGACCCUUACACGGCCCUAGACCCGAUGAAAUCACACUAAGUUAGCCCUUAAAGUCUUCGGGCCGGGUUGGGUCAUGUACACCCCUAUUAGUCUAUACAUAGAUGCUAAUUAAAUAGUGAGGACCAUGUCUUGAAUGCUUUGCAAAUUGAAAUGAUAAAGAAGAGGGGACCAGAGUUUGUGAAUGGAGUAAUUAAUAGUAGCUUACAAGUAAUUUGAUGGAGGCAAACACUAGUGUCCUCAAAUUAAAUAAAGUAAUCACAGCAGAGAGAUUAGUAUAGUAAUUAAGUGCAUCAAAGCUUCUAAGAUGGGGAGAAGCCCUUGUUGCUCAAAAGAUGAGGACUUGAAAAGAGGUGCUUGGACUGCUGAAGAAGACAAAAUCCUCAUAGACUACAUUAGGGUCCAUGGCCAUGGAAGAUGGAGAAACCUCCCCCAAAAAGCAGGUUUAAAAAGAUGUGGCAAAAGUUGUAGACUGCGAUGGUUGAACUAUCUAGGACCAGACAUCAAAAGAGGCAAUAUAUCCUCUGAUGAAGAAGAACUCAUCAUCAGACUUCACAACCUCCUGGGAAAUAGGUGGUCUCUAAUAGCUGGGAGGCUUCCGGGGAGAACAGACAAUGAGAUCAAGAACUAUUGGAACACCAACUUGAGUAAGAGGAUGAAAGAUAACAAGGAUCACAACAAAGAAACAACCACCUCUUCUUCGAAUCCAAAACACCCUCAAACAGAACCAACCCCUUUUAAGAUUGACUUACCUGUAAUCCGAACAAAGGCUACAAAGUGCUCAAAGCCAUUACUUAUAAAUAACAAUGCACAACAAUCAACACCAAUACCUUUGCUUCUGGAUGCUUCUGCUGCUGCUGCUGGUUCUGAAGCCAACAACAAUAAGAAUAUCGUUUCAUCAAUAGCAAGUAACCACAAAGAACUACUCUCAAAGAACUACAAUAGUAAUGAUGAGUUUUUGCCCUUCUUCAGUGAAGAUGAUGACAAAGAAAUACUCUCAAUGACAGAUUUGCUAAUAGACGAUUAUUGUAAUCUUACCGAUGCUGAUGGCGGCUUAAAUGAUCUUCUCAUCAACUCUGAUGUCUCUGAUCUCUGUUAUGAGGUAUUAUUAUCGCCUUAUUCGGACCAACCCACCACCAUCUUCUCCGAUGACAUCCUCAAUCAAUGGACACAUAGCUAUUUCGAUGAUGCUGAUGAUCACAUUAAUCAUGAUGAUGACUCAAUCGUCGACCGUCAUUGUCACCAGUCAAAUGACAAGGAGAUAGAAUAACGGCAAUGCCUCCGCGAAGAAUUGUUAUUCACACUCCCAUGUUUUUAGCAAGAAAAAUUAGGUGAUAUAUUUACUACCCUUUCUCUCUUUUAAACCCUUCUCUCACUAUUUGUAAACAUUGUUUUUCUUUGAAUGUACUUCCAAAAAAUAUUUAGGUUUCAUUCACAAGUAUCAUGUUAUAUAUAUAUUUGGUAGGAUGAGAUAAUUAGGGAAUCUGCAAUUUGAAUGAAAAUGGUACAACAUAUAUCACAUGGUUGGGAUAGCAACAUAUCACCAAGCAUUAGAUACCAUAACAUGAAAGAUCAAGCUGUUGCUGCAGAUACAACUAAGAAUUUCUCCUGUACCUAGUACCUACAUUUAUACCACUAACUUAAGCUUAAGUUUAAAAUUGUUUUAAAAUAUUUAACACCCGUAACCUGCUCAAAUCUGAUUUGCAGAUUUUCUCCCUCAACUUUGUUCUAAAUAUUCAAUUUUGAACUCUAAAGUUUGCUAAAUGUGUGUUAGUUUUCAUGCAAACUACUUUCUAUAUAAAUUAAAGAAACUUGAUGUAGAUCAGAAAAAGCAUGAUCAUGAUUUGCAGCCAGAACAAUUGGGAAAAAUAGUUACUCCUCCAAAUACAUGCAUAAUACCUUAUUAAAUGAGCACAUAGAAACUCAAGGACAUUGAUCAAACAGUUGGAGUGCAUGUUCAAUCAAAGGCUAGCAGAUUGAGUAGGUGGAACAACAUAAUCAACCACCACCACACUCUCUAUGUGAUCCCUAACCUUAUCCUUCUCAGCAUUCACCACAUCCUCAUUUGAAACCACCGCCUCCAGUUCCUCCACCCCCGGAAAAACCCCCAGGGACGCAAUCGAGUAACCCUUCGCCCUCGCCGGCGAGAAAUUCUCACCGACACUCAGCUGACUGAUCUGCUUGAAUCUCUCCGUCAUCCCUCCGAUAACCCCCAAGAUCUCGUCCUUGGAGUGAUCGCCGGCGUUCUCCUUAAGCUUCAGGAAGCUCACGCGGAUGGCCGAUCCCGGCGGGGUGAGUAGGUGGUCGGCGGGGAGGGCAGGGGAGACCCAAUCGACGGCCAUGAUGUCAUCGAUAAUGGGAAGGACAUUUCCCUUGACGACACUGACGUGGCUAGGGUGGGCGGAGUAGGCGUCGAGGUCCUGCUUUGUGGCGUAGCGGCUGUGGAGCAUGUGAGUGAAGGUUAGGGUGGAGGAGCGGCUGCGGAGGACGGGGCCCACCGUGAGAUGGAGUACCUGGUCGAGGGAGAGGAGGGAGCUGAGACCGUUGACCAUCGCAGAGACCUUGGAAGGCUUAGUGUCAUCUUUGACCUUGAAGAGCACGAUGUGCUCCACCACUGACUGGGUUGGUGUUGAUGAUGACGUCAUCUUGAUUGAGGGUCUAGAUGCUGAUGCAGAUGAGUAGGAGUGGGGUUUUAGAUGCUGACGGAGAAG